UUUUGACAGACCUUUGUGUCAGUGUGUCUGGUCGGUAUGUUUUCAUUCACUAGCUCGGCGCAGACCCGCAGGGGAUGGUGAAGAGAUCUAUGCUGGCCGUGCGGUGCGUCACCUACACAGUGAAAAUCUUUUAAGCCGGUUAGCUUACCGGGUAAGGGCCGGCAGGCAAAGUCUCGCGGAUUUGUGUUGUUUCGUGUGAGUGUGUGGUAUUAUUUUGUGUUGCUUUUUUUUUUGCUCGCCACUGGGCACACACAUGUUUUGUGUGUGGACCAAACAGUUCAGUCUCAGUUCGACAGUGACCGAAGACGCAGUAGGCCGUACCAUACCCUAUCAACUGUCUGGCAGAGUUCAGUGCGUUCGAGCGCGUCAUAAGCAAGGUUUCGAAAAGCUCCCUGCUCCUUCCCUCCGCCUGAAAUGUUAUUCGCGGUGACCGAUACGAACUAGGGAGAGCGUGUGCGUUUGAAAGUGUUGCGCCGCUGUUGAAAGUGCCUGCCUGUUCCGGUACGAAGCAGUAUUAGGUUUGCGAUCUGAGCCCCUGUCUCCCCUCUCCCGCCCCGCGAUGGAUAACUUCGAGCGCAUACUGGUCGACGUCGACUGCAGCCGGUACGAGGAGGACGCCUUUUCGCUGCUGGACAAAUCGCGCGACGUCAACAUUGUGCGCGACCUGCGCUCCUCCACCGUGUCCGCGUUUGAUCAAACGAGCUUCCCCCAGCUGAACAUCUCCUCCCGGACGCAGCUCAAGCAGCAGCUGUUUCGCGAGCAGCUCAAAAACAGCGAGACGGGCCCGCGGUCGAUGGUUACCUCGCCCGGGCCGCCCGUCCUGUCCGUCCGGCUGCCGCUCGAAAACAUCGACAUCGAGCUGCCGAAGAAGGUGCUGCAGGUGGAGACGCGGCUCGAAAACCCGACCCGCUACCACGUGAUCCAGAAGCAGAAGACGCAGGUGCGCGAGUACGUGACCGCCGCCCUCAAGCUCACCAAGCAGAACCUGGUGCGGGAGUCGUGCCGGCACACGCGGCUCAUGAUACUGGGCCGGCUGUACGAUUCCUUCAUCAGUGCGAAGCCGGCAAGCGCGGGUAGCGGUGGAGCCGGUCCGCCGGCUCCCGCAGUACCUGGAGCGGGCGGUGGUGUCACGCCCGCCAACGGGGUCCCGCUCGGCCCAACCGCCGCCCCGAACGGACCGGGCAAGGCAAUGAGCAGCAUGGUGGUCGGUGGUGCGCCGGCGGCGAUCGCCGGUUCCGCCCAGUCGUCCGGUACGCCCUCCGCCACGCCCACGAUCGAGCAGCAGCAGGAGUGGCGGCUGGAGAUGAAGCUGUCCUGCCGGUUCGGCAACAAGCUGUACCAGACGUUCGUGGACGAGUUCGACUACGUGCGCGACCUGCUCGGGCUGAUCCGGUUCGAGAUACCGAAGUGGGUGUUCGUGGUGUCGGAGUUUGAGGACGAGAUCUCGUCGUACGAGUGCAACCGGGCGGCCCGGGCGGCACAGCAGGCGGCCGUCGCUGCCGUCGCCGCCGAUCAGGAGUUCCUGGUGCGGCCCGGGCUGGCCGGCGAGAAGGGCUCCAAGCACGAGAAGUUCAUCGAGCCGGAGGUGCGCGAUCGGAUCAAGAAGGACAACCACAACUGCAGUAGGUAUUUUUGCGCCGCGCCACGGGGCCACGGUGGUCCACGGUGCUAUCGAACCGUCAGGGAGCAUUGUACGGGGGUUUUGCCGGGCUGUUGCUAACGUAUCUGUGCCGUGCCGUGUGUCGACACGUGCCUCAGCCAUUUGAAGCUAAUGUGAUGAUCGAAACGGUUGUGCAGGUUAUUCGUUUACCUGCCAAGAGCUCAUCCAGAGUCUGUUCAUAUUGUGUGUGUAAUUCUGUUUUUUUGUGUUUAAAUAAUUCUUACCAAACAUUAUCGCCUAAUGAUUGUAGCGGCCGGCAGAAAAUGUCUUUCCCCGGCAAGCGGUGUGCCUUUUUUUGUUUUCCUUUCAUUUUCCCAUUUCUCUUGAGGUGGCAGAAGGGGGGCGGUCGUCACUCCAGCGGGUCGUUUCCAUCUUCCAGCGCCAGUGCACGUUUUCCUCCAAACACCAGUUUGUCUGACCCGCGGCUCGGGUUUUCGUCGUAGCGGUCGCUAUUCAACCCCAAACUCCAUCAGCCGCGAUAUCGUUUCCUGUAAAUGGUUACAACCACCAGCACUCGCUCUACAUGGAUAAAGAUAACCUCAAAGCAAACAAAA